UAAUUAACAUAUAUUUUAAUAUUAUCAGAACCAAUCAAUCCCAUAUACAAUGGCUAUCACCGGCUCCUCCACUGAAGAUGAGCUCGGAAGUACCACUGAGGGUUCUCUUAAUAACCGAGGAAAUAACAUUGGUGGAUGGAGAUCCGCGAGGCUCAUCAUCGGUGUGGAGAUGGCGGAGCGAUUCGCUUACUUCGGGAUAUCGUCAAACCUAAUAAUGUAUUUGACCGGACCAUUAGGUGAGUCAACAGCUACAGCAGCAGCAAAUGUUAAUGCUUGGAUUGGAACGGUUUCGUUUAUGCCGCUACUUGGAGGCUUUAUCGCUGACUCGUUUCUUGGUCGUUUCCGCACCAUUGUCAUCGCAUCUUCUCUAUAUAUCUUGGGACUUGGGUUGCUGUCUUUUUCAGCCAUGACUCCUUCAAACAACAAAGAUUCGACGAAUCAGUUCCAAGUGACAUUCUUCUUCUGCUCUCUGUAUCUUGUAGCAAUAGGACUAGGCGGUUACAAACCGUGUAUUAAAGUAUUUGGGGCUGAUCAGUUUGAUGGUAACGAUCUAAGAGAGAGAAAAGCCAAGAGUUCGUUCUUCAACUGGAUGUUCUUUGGAAACUGUACUAGCAUAUUGACGACUCGUUUGGUCUCUGCCUACAUUCAAGAGAACUUAAGCUGGUCAAUAGGUUUUGGUAUCACAAGUGUUUCCAUGUUGCUUGCUCUGUCUCUCUUCCUCCUUGGAACUACCUCUUACCGUUUUAGUACUGAGAGAGGAGGAAAGAAAAACCCUUUCUCUAGAAUCAGUCGUGUUUUCAUGGAGGCUUUAAAGAACAGAAGACAACCUGAUUUCGAUGAUAUGGCUGACGCGAACGAGACUCUCCUUCUCCAAGCUCACCAAAGUUCCAAACAGUUUAGAUUCCUUGACAAGGCAGCUGUUUCAUGUGAAAUGGCUGAAAUCGAAGAAGCAAAGGCGGUUCUUAGGCUUAUUCCAAUAUGGACAAGUUGUGUAGUCUACGCCAUUGUAUAUGCACAAGCCCCUACAUUCUUUACAAAGCAAGGAGCCACAAUGAACAGGUCAAUCUCACCAGGACUCUUAGUCCCUGCAGCUACACUUCAAAGUUUCAUAAACAUCGCAAUAGGCGUUUUCAUCCCAAUCUACGACCGUUUACUCGUCCCGUUCGCAAGGUCCAUCACUCAAAACCCAUCAGGAAUCACAAUGCUACAAAGGAUUGGCACAGGGAUAUUUCUCUCCAAUCUUGCUAUAGUAAUAGCCGCCUUGGUCGAGACCAAAAGGCUCCAAACUGCUCGGGACGAUGAACUAAUGUUGAUGAGCGUGUUGUGGCUCGUUCCACAAUACGUUAUUUAUGGAGUCGCGGACGUGUUCACAAUGGUGGGUUUGCAAGAGUUCUUCUACGACCAAGUCCCUUGUGAGCUUAGGAGCGUUGGUAUGGCUCUAAACCUAAGCAUAUACGGGGCAGGAAACAUUCUAAGCAGCAUCAUGGUAUCAGUUAUUGAUAAAAUCACGAGCCAGUCUGGUCAAACGAGCUGGUUCGAUAACGACCUGAACAAAGCUCAUUUAGAUUACUUCUACUGGCUACUAGCUUGUUUUAGCUUUAUUGGUUUCGCCUCCUACAUGUGGUUCGCCAAGGCAUAUGUCUACAACAGACCAAACACCUUCUAAAGCAUUGUUUUCUCUGUUCUGCCAUUUAAACUAGUCUUAAUUAUUGUAUUUCUGAAAUUAACUUCACAACCAAGCAAAUAAGGAUAAACAAAGCCAAUGCUGGAGUUA